UCCACCUUUUAGUUUUGCCACUGUCAAUGUCAGUAAUUUUUGUUAUGUUUGUCUUGAAAAAUAAAACUUAAUUUUCACUAUUAUUCAAACUUUAAUAGCUUGAAUUUUGUGUGACAUUACGUGAAAAGUUACUUUUGAUUUCAAGAGGAAAACCUAUUACACACAAAAGAUCCAAAUAGUGAUUUUAUUGCUUCACCUUGAAGAAAAAUAAUAAAACAAUUGAAUUCAUCUGCAUUUCCUAUGGGUAUCCUGUUUCUCGAGCAAUAGCACUUAGACUUUUGUCGAAAAUGAAUAUUUUAUAAAACAUAAACUUAACAAAGUUUUCUCACUUAUUGGAACAUUGAGAUUCAGUGGAAAAUGUCCGAAGAAGGACUUGAUUGGUUAGGGAAUAUUUUAUCUGAAGUUCAAUUGAGCCAGUUUUUAGUACCAAUAAGAGAUGAUUUACAAAUAUCAAGGUUGGAACAUUUUGAUUUUGCUACACCUGAAGACUUGGAAAAUAUUGGUCUCAGCAAACCAGGUGCUAGAAGAUUAUUAGAAGCUGUAAAAAAGAAACGUACUCAACAAAAAAAGAGAAAUUUGAUAAACAAAUUUAUUCCAGCCUCUAAUAAAAAUCAUACGAAUAAGAAACAUGAUGAAAUGGUAAUUACUGAUUUUACUUCUUGCCUAAUACAAGAAAGUCAUAUUACACUCUCAGUUAAACUUGGAGAUGGUAGCUUUGGAGUUGUGAGAAGAGGUGAAUGGAUAAGCCCAACAGGCAAAGCACUACCUGUAGCUGUGAAAAUUUUAAAAGCUGAUGCAUUAAGUCAGCCUGGGGUAUUUGAGGAUUUUAUAAAAGAAGUUCAAGCAAUGCAUGUACUAAGUCAUGCAAAUCUAAUAAGGCUGUAUGGAGUGGUGCUUUCUCAGCCUAUGAUGAUGGUAACUGAAUUGGCUCCAUUGGGAUCUCUACUGGAUUUCCUUAGAAAGCAGUGCCAACAUACUCCUCUUCCUAUGCUGUGUGAAUAUUCAACUCAAGUUGCUAAUGGUAUGGCGUAUCUAGAAAGUAAACGAUUUUUACACAGGGAUUUGGCCUGCAGAAAUGUGUUACUUUCAACUGUAGAUAAAAUUAAAAUAGGAGAUUUUGGUUUAAUGCGCGCUCUUCCACAAGAAGAAGAUUGUUAUGUAAUGACAGAGCACAAAAAAGUUCCAUUUCCAUGGUGUGCUCCGGAAUCAUUGAGAUUUAGACAAUUUAGCCAUGCUUCAGAUACAUGGAUGUUUGGAGUAACAGUUUGGGAAAUGUUUACUUUCGGGGAAGAUCCUUGGAUGGGUCUGAUAGGCUCCGAAAUUCUUCGAAAGAUAGAAAAAGAAAACGAACGUCUACCUCAGCCAGACGCAUGUCCUCCUGCUAUCUAUUCAACUCUACUCAAAUGUUGGUCAAAGAAUCCUCACGACCGCCCUACUUUCGCAUCACUUAAGGACUUUUUCCGGAAAAAUAUGACACCAGUGAUGAAAGCCGUUGGAAGGCAAGAUGAACCAGGAAAACUAAAAGUCGAAGAAGGUGAUGAAAUUGCUAUUAUCGAUGGAAGUGCUGAACUCUAUUGGUGGAAAGGUCAGCAUCAGCAAACUUUCGAAAUCGGACUGGUGCCGAGAUGUUUAGUUGAUCCUAUGAGGCCCAAGCAAUCUGGUGAUAUCAGCAAACCACUUCAACAUUCCUUCAUCCAUACUGGUCAUGGUUCAGCCUUUGGUGAAUCCUGGGGUAGCCCUUCUUACAUUGAUGAAAUGUAUCUGAAUAAUCCCAUGGAUCCUCCAGAUGUAAUGGGCUUACAAAGGGAAUCGAAACCAUUACCGGAGCUAACGGAUCGGAAAAAAGUAACAAAAAGUAUUAAUGGCUCUCUACGUAAACCUUCAGAAAAACAAUUUAAUUAUAAGAGAUUAACAAAUCAGGAUAGUUUUAAGCUUAAACCACAAAGACCACCAGAUCCAAAAAUAGACACUAGCAGGGAAGGAGUACUUGUUGAUAUUUCUCCAGAAGACAGACCUGUAUUAAGAGUAAAAGACACAAUUAAUAGUAGACCGGAAUCUAGAGCUGUAUCACUCUUAGAUGAACCCAUAGACGUACCUCAAGAAGAUAACGAAGUGUGGUCAACGGAAACUCAAAAUCAAGAUUUGUAUCCACCUCCAUACAACUCUCCGCCAUCUUACUAUAACACAUCUGCUUUUACCUCUGUUCAAUCAAAUACCUAUACUACAACUGACCCUUUUGACACUUCCACGGUGUUUCAAUCGGUCCAAAAAGCUCUCUCCCCAGUGUCAUCAACGCCUACAAGUACAUUUAUCAAUAAAGUAACUCAAAAUUUGUUUGAGACAAGUCCAAGUAAAAAUUUUAGCCAAAGCUCAACUUCUAAUAGCAAAGUAGUUCAGAAUCUCUUCGAGUCUAGUCCUAUUAGAAAUCGUAAUCAUAACAAAAGUUAUGUUCAGGGAGAUAUAUCUAAUAGAAGUUUGAAUUUUUUCAAAACUGAAAGGGAUCCAAUUGUAUCAAAACAAGUUUCUACUGUUCAGAAAAACUUGGGUACAUUCAUUAAUAAGCCUGAAGAUAAUUUAGCAAACGGUAUUUCUUUACUAAAACUUUCUCCGGACCAAAAAGACGACCCAAAGAAAUUUAUAGCCGAAUUAGAAAAAUGUCUUUUAGAUAAAGAAAAUGAAGUUCCUGUAUUAGAUCCACCAGUGCCAGAUAGAAUGGAAAAAAAGAGCAAUGAAAUUGCUGGCGCUUUUCCGAAAGUACAAAACCAAACGUAUUCUAACUUGGGAGAUUUCUAUGCCAAAACACUCGACAACUUCCAGAAAAACGACACAACUUCCAUUAUAAAUAAAAUAUGGUUUGAAUCCACGUGUAACGGUAAUUUAAAACAGAAUAAUAAAAACGUAGAUGCACAAAAGAAAAAAGAAAAUAUCACAGUCAAUGCAGAAUUUGAUCCAUACAGUUCGAUCCGAAGAUAUGAUCCUGUGUAUUCUUCGACUAAUUCCAUUGUUCCUGGAAAUAGUUAUUAUGACUUAACUCCUGAUGUAGCAGGUUCAGUUCAGAAUAUCUAUAACCCACCAGUUCAGACAAUCUAUAACAACUUUACUCCAUCACUCCUUUCUAAUAGUAAUACUCUCUACAACAAUACAAAUAGUUAUAAAUCACUGGCUAAUAUCAAUGAUCCAUAUUCAGCAAGCAAUGAAUACAACAGCCAAUCAUCGAGGUAUGGUUAUAGCACUGUAGCAAGUAGUAUUUGUAGUAGACAGUACAGUGAAGUUGGUAGGCAGCAUAGUGAAAUAGGUAGACAAUACAGUGAAGUGCCACAAGAGAGUUUGUAUCAUGAAAUACCUGAGAAUGUGUACAAUGAUGUUGAAAAUGAUGAUAUACUGAAACCUCAUAGACCAGCUCCAACAAAACCUGGUGCUCUACAACCUCUGAGUAUGCAACAGAUCCAGAGGAAGAUUCAGCAAGGACAGUUGUCAGCUGAUGCAGAACGACUGAUGACUCCAGAGUAUAGGAGUAAUAAAAUAAGUCAAGUACGGGAUUGUAUACCAGAUGUAGAUAUAGAUGAGUGUCUGUCAGUGUUACAAGCCAGUGGUUGGGAUGUUGCUUUUGCAGUAAAGACGUUAAAGAUAAAUAAAUUGGUUAAGUUAGGACUAGCAGACAGUUCUCGAUGUGAAACAGCUCUACAGCACACUAAUUGGAAUGUUGAAUUAGCAGCUUCAGCUAUUCUCGACUCCUAGUUGAAAUAAAACUGCAGCAAAAAAGCAGUUUGGAAUUUACAUGUCACUAGUCAUGCCAUAAAUUCGGUUUUGGCAAUAUAUUUUAAAAUAUUGUAUUAUAUAGUAAGCAUAAAUAAUCAUAACAAAUCUUUUAUGAGUGUUUGAUUUGUUAUAGUCAAGUUAUUGAGAAGAAAUUACAAAUAUUAACCCAAGCUAAAUUAGUUUGAUCAUUGGUACUAUCAUGAUUUUUUUUUGUUUACAAUGUAUACAUAUUUAUUUCUUAAUUUUAAAUUUUUUUCCAUAUCAUCAAUAAGCUCUAAUAUUUCUAUGAGACUUUUAUAUUUUAUCCAUAGGAUUUUAAAAAAAUUAGUCACUUCUUUUUUCUAAAUUUCUCACCUUAUCUCCUUUCAAGUUAGAUAAUCUAUAUUCAACUAGUUGUUUGGACUAAUAAGUAAUGUUUUGAGAAGUUUGCCCUACUUUCCAUCAAUUAUCUAGUGCCAAGUGCCAACAGAUUAUCUUCUUUGAUGUUGUACCAAAAAUAAUUUAAGGUUGUCUCCAUAUGGUAACCUUCCAUGUCUAAUAUUCCUGAUAUACUUGCACCCAAAUGAGGUGCGAUUGUAUUUCCGAAAAAUUCUACAAUUAAAAGUGUAAUGUUUCAUUCUCUGUUAUGUUGAUUCAAAUCUAUCUUCGAUGAAAACGUAAACAACAUAUCAAUAAACUAAGAAAUUUCAAGCAAAACUUCGCCAUCUACUUGUAUGAAUAACUUUUUGGUUCAACAAAACUAGAAGUUGUGUCCCGAGAGAUUUAAGGUCAACAAUUUUUUAUAAAUCUCUCUCUCACAGUCUUGAUUGACUGAAUGGUAUCAAUUGAAAGUGUAAUUUGCUUUUUAAAAAUAUCAAAAAAUACUGGGAUUUACUGUAUAAAAGAGUAAGUUACCAUAGAUGGUAUGAAAACUGUGAUACUAAUCUCUCUUUUGCUCAUAUCUAAAAUAUAUUUACAUAAAAAGUUUGCCAGAAACCGAAUUUGUGUUAUUAUUAGACCGUUACAUUAUUUACUCAUUAAUUAAGAAUCGUUAAUUAUUACUUGUGCCAAAGGAAAUAUCUAGUUAUAUCUGGUGAGUCAUUUACUUCACAAAGUUUUUCUAAAAACUUCGUGUUCACAUUCUAUUAAUUAAAUGACCCAUCGAAUAUUUAGCUUUUAUUGCUAAUAAAUUUAGAAUAUGUCACCGAAAUGGGAUUUUAGUUGAUACACACUAUAUAGGACAUUACCGUUAGUCAUUGAACAAUAAUGGCAUAAUUAUUUUUGAAUUGCAUAAUCCAUCAUCAAUAUUUCAUAGGAUUUUGGAGUUGUUGUAGGUCUUUUCACUGACACCAUCACAAUGAUAAUUAUAGAAAUACUUGUCAGGCAAGCCUUUUGAACUGAUUCUCUCGACUUACUCUAACCAUUAUAAAUAAAAGGUAAAUACUUUCUAAGCAUAAACAAAAUUUUUUGUAUUUCUAGUUUUUUUAAGAAAAUAAUUUAAUUGGCACAGAUUAAUGCUGGGGCAGAUUUAGAAUAAAAUGAUGUAUUAUGAGAACAAAUAAGAACUAAUAAUGCAGACGAUGCAAAUACUAUGGUGAGUAGUUAUUUCUAAUAGAAUAUUAGUCGGUGCCAUUGAAAAGACUCAUAUAAUCAUCUAAUUAGAAGCGUUUUGAUGUUAAUGGAACCACCUAUAGUUAGUAUCAACAUAACUCCUAUACUAAUAUUAAAAUUUUAGUUUAAUAGAAAAUACCUUGUAGAAAAGUAUCAGCCAAUUUUCUCAUCUUCAUGAUAUUUUAAACGACUGGUUUUCCUGUCAAAAUGUAUCAACAACAAAUUAAGUGGAAUGAUAUUCUAAUCAGUAUUAAUCAAUUUCUAUGUUACUCUCUGGAAAUAUUAAAAAUUAAAUUAAUUAAGAUGGAAGCUUUGUUGUCAUUUACUGAUCAAAUAUUCCGUUCCAAUUUGGGGAUAGGCAAGGUAAAAUAAAACGAAGCGACUCAUAUUCGAUUGUAUUGUCAUUAAAUUGAAAUAUAUUUCAAAUUAUGAAAAUUUUAUGUAAACUCCAUUGGGAUGUCCACCUUUUAACCGCAAACCAUCACUACUAUCAUUGGCUGAUGAUCAUUUUGUUUUUAUUUUCAUUCAAAUGAUGACAUUAAGGCCCCCUUUUGGAACUACCAUAAAUUACUUACGUAGUCCACUUUCUAUAUUUUGAAGCAAAAAUAAAAUUCUCUCAAUUCUUUAUUGAUCUAUGAUUUAGGUUUAAGGUAAUUUAUGGUGUAUUUAAAUGUCGCUUCCGUUUAGAAACAAUUAUUAUGUUCCUUCUAUUCGUUUAUUUCCUUUUGAACUCUUCUCUAACUAAUAUGAUUCAAUGUUUAUAUUAUUUGAGGCAACAAUUCAAUACUCGUUUUAUUAAAUAAAAUAUUUACAAAAUCUUUUAUUAAAGUACAAAUUCGUGUUUGGGUAUCUCUAAUUAAUAUAAAAUAGAUUAAUCUAAUUGAUAAAUGUUGAAUUUAACCAUGAAAAACAUGGAAAUUUUAUAUCAAGCGUGAGUAUUUUUCGUUCUAGACAUUUUUAUCAGUCGUAAUUUUAGUUCUAUUUCACUUGAUAUACCUAUAACCUAUACAAAAAGACAUCCAAGAACAUAAUUUUUAAAACUGAAUAGAUGAAUACAUCUGUAAUAAUUUUCAUUUCAAUGUUAUUUUAUUUGUGUUUAUUUUUGUGUAAUAUACAUUUAUGUUAUUUAUUAAAAUCUCGAGUCAUUA